CUCUGCUGCGUCUGUGUCUACUCGCGCUGGCGUCGUGGGCGGCGGCCGCCGCCGAAUACGAGGGCGGCGGCGACUCGAACCCGUACGGCACCGACGCGGAGCUCGAGCCGGGCGACGACCUGCUGGUGGAGACGCACGAGGGCCUGCUGGAGGGCGUGACGCUGACGGCCGGCUCCGGCCGCCUGGUGGACGCAUGGCUGGGCGUGCCAUUCGCGCAGCCGCCAGUCGGGCCGCUGCGUUUCCGGCCGCCGGUGCCGGCCGCGUCGUGGGAGGGCGUACGGCCGGCGCAGCGCCAGCCCAACUCCUGCUGGCAGGUGCUCGACGAGUUCUUCGGCGACUUCGACGGCGCCACCAUGUGGAACGCCAACACACCGCGCAGCGAGGAUUGCCUGUACCUGAGCGUGACGCGGCCAAGACCGCGGCCUUCGCGGCCGGCACCUGUGCUCGUCUGGAUCUACGGCGGCGGCUUCUACAGCGGCACGGCCACGCUGGACGUCUACGAGCCAAGCGUGCUGGCGGCGGAGGGCGGCGUCAUCGUCGUGGCGAUCCAGUACCGCGUCGCUUCGCUCGGCUUCCUGCAGCUGGACGCGGCGCCGGGCAACGUCGGCCUGCUGGACCAGGUGCUGGCGUUGCGCUGGGUGCAGCGCAACAUCGCCCGCUUCGGCGGCGACCCGGAGCGUGUCACGCUCUUCGGCAACUCGGCCGGCGCGGUCAGCGUCAGCAUGCACCUGCUGUCGCCGCUGUCGGCGCCGCUCUUCCGGCGCGCCGUGCUGCAGUCGGGCUCGGCCACCAACCCGUGGGCGGUGUUGAGCGCGGAGGAGGCGCGCCGCCGCGCGCUACGGCUGGCCGAGGAGGUCGACUGUCCGCGUGCGCCGGCGGCGCGCGCGCUCGCCUGCCUCCGCAGACGAGUGCCGAGGCGCCUGGUGAACGCCGAGUUCUUCACCACCGGCAUCUGCGAGUUCCCGUUCGUGCCGGUGGUGGACGGCGAGUUUCUCCCCGAGGACCCGGCCGAGGCGCUCGCCGCCGGCCGCUUCAAGCGCGCCGAGCUCCUGGCCGGCAGCGUCGCCGAGGAGGGCAACUACUUUCUGCUGUACUACCUCGCCGAGUACGCCAACCUGACGGUGGUGCCGAGCCCGAGCCGGGCCGACUUCACGCGGCACGUGGCCGCCCUGCUGCCGCGGCUCUCCGAGCCGGCGCGGCUCGCCGUCAGCCACGAGUACACCGACUGGACGCGGCCGUACGCGCCGGCCACACUCCGCGACGGCCUCGACAAGCUAGUCGGCGACCGCCAGUUCGCCUGCGGCGUCAACGAUUUCGCGGCGGCGUACGCGCGCGAGGGCGGCGCCGUGUUCGUCUAUCAGCUGCGCCAGCGCGCGCCCGGCUCGCUCUGGCCCCAGUGGACGGGCGUGCUGCACGGAGACGAGGUGGCGUACGUGUUCGGCUUGCCGCUUCGCGCCGGCGGGAGCUUCAGCCGCGAGGAGGUCACGCUGUCCAAAAGGAUGAUCGGUUACUGGACUAACUUCGCCAAGACCGGGGACCCGAACCAGUCAGGUGACCAAUGCGCCCUGGACGGAGGCGCCUCGGCCGACUGGCCCCUGUACGAGCCGAGCGGCCAGCGGUACCUGGUGCUGGCGGCCAAGGCGGCGGUGUAG